CGUGCUUGAAUGGCACAAAGUGUUGAAUUUGGGGAGGAUCAUGUUUCAACCAAGAAGCAUUUGUUUUCGAGGACGGGCACGAGGACAGCGUUACACUUGACAAGUUCCGAAAUGGAAAGUGGAACCGAUUCCGCUUCGAGUGUUUUAAUAGCAGUGAGCGAAUAUUCGGAGGCUUUUCGAGGGCAAAUCUUGGCCCCACUCCAAAGUGGCUUCUUGCUGGAAGAGUCCAAGCUGUCAUUCCGAUACAAAUGGGCUUGGUUGGUUCAAAACCCAGCCUUGAGCCAAAAGUACGCCGCCUUUCGAGCCAAGAGAAAACAAGCGGGCUAUUCUGAAGAGGACCUGGAGGAGACUUAUGGCUUUUUGCUCUUGGAUGACCUUCACAAGGCCAAUGCGCUCGGGCAAACUGGACUCGUCACUGGGAUGAGCUCCUGUUCCAGUUUGGGAGACCCCUCCAAAGGCAUUUACAUCUCCAUGUUCUCCGACUGUUUGGGCCCGGAGCGCUGGCGGGACGGACAAUCGGGCUACGUGGCCAUCAUCAGGCUGACCACGGGGCGAGUCAAGAGAGUUUGCGAGUACCGCGCUCGCAAUGUCUUGGCGCCCACGCCCGGCUUUGACUGCCACGUGUCGCAGCACCUGGCCUCCGUCAGCGCCCAAACCGGCUUCUCGCUCGCCUUCCAGAGAACCCAAUGUUACAUUUACGAGCUGCUCGACGACGGAAGCCACCAAACGGCGCCCAGCCUCACUUGCCCCUUUGCCGUGGUGGCGUUUUCCUAUCAAAAGAGAAGAGCGUCGCCAAUGAAGGAGCCCCAAGCGCCUGGCUUCGGCUCGUGUCAAAUUCCGAGAAUUCUGCCCGUACUACGUUUGGCCCGAAGCCAAGUGGAGAAAAGGAGCCACGGCCUGUGUGACGUGGCGACGUAUACGCUGAGGCCAAGUCUAUCCCUGCUACCUGCCGGUGAGGCGGCCGCGGCGCAACCGGCCGCUCCGCUACAUAUGGGCCCAAAAGGCAGCCCCGCCGCAACGUUGGACGCACACACCGCUCAGGCGCCGACACGUGCGGCAAAUGACCCCAAGGCAAGCCACCGUCCCGGAGUGGCAACGUUCCGGACCCCCCACGUUGAGAAAAGUCCAGCCGCUCCUGCAACCUCGUCGGAGAAGACGGGUAGUGCAGAAGCCGAAGCGAGCGUGGCGCCAAACCGUCGGCAAGCGGGUGCCCAAAGGUUGCCGACGCACGACGUUCCCGCCGAGCUCGUUGUGAGCUUCACCUCGGAGCAAAGCGUGACCCGCAAGAGUCCCGCAAAGGAGCCUUUGAGCCGUUCCCAUUGCCUGCGGACGGAUGCGCCGGCAAAUGAGCAAAUGGAAAGUCCAAAAGGGCCAUCUGCGGAGACGCACAAAGCCAAAAAUACUCCACGGGCGCGUCGGUGCCAGCCAAAAAAGGCCAGCUCCCAUCCGUUUCCCACAUGGCCGGCUGUCCCCAGCGGCGCCGCUCCCCUGAGACACGGAUCUGAACGUUGCAACUUGGCAUGGCCGGUCAUCAGCCAAUGCGGAAGAGUCUUGGUUCCUCACGGCUCAACCUUUUCCGCUGGGUCUCGGCUCCCGAGCCCUCCCGUGACUCCGGACGCGGACCGAGCGGCUCCGCAGCUGGCGACGGCAAGUCCAGAGCGCAGCGGUGAAGACGGGCUGGGGCCGCAAGGUGCCACCGCCGCCGCCGAGGAGGAAGACGCACGAGGGAGGAGGACGACCAUGACAAAACAUCAGCGGGAUUCCCAUCCUGAAGCUCUCGGCGGCGAGACGCAGCCUGGUGGGAAGAAAAGCAGGCUCCAUGCCCAGCGCACGGCCUCCGUGCCAAACGGCUCGGAGGCCACAUGGCCGCCGCCGGCGCCGCCGCCGGAGGAGACGCCAGGUCGGAAAGGCCAAAUCGUGUCCAGGCCUCCGUCCAUUUACCCAAAGUGGAAGAGAAUGAAAACACUCAGGAAGCAGCUCCACAUCUCACGGGAACACUUUCAAAAGACAUGGUGGAUGCACUUUGAGCGGCCGUCCCGCGCCAAAGAAGCGCUCGCGACGCCCAAGCCGGCCACAGACGCCUUGAAUCUACUCGCCGACCUGGCGCUCGGGGCCGACCGCCGGACGCUUCCGUCAGAAGCGGAGCGCCGGCCUCGGAGGAAGAGCGACCAGAGGCAAAACGGCCACCACAGGCAAAACGGCCACCAGAGCCAAAACGGCCACCAGAGGCAAAACGGCCACCAGAGCCAAAACGGCCACCAGAGGCAAAACGCCCACCAGAGCCAAAACGGCCACCAGAGGCAAAACGGCCACCGGGCUCUCGGGCCCAAAGUCCCUCUCGUGGAAGGCGGCGACUUGCUUUCUUUGUUGUCCAAAGAACACGCGUACUCGCUACCGCUGUGGGCCUUAGCGGGCACGCCCUUCCGGGUGGCCCCCUUAAGCGGUUCCGGCGGAUUGCUUCACAGGCCGCCGCCGCCGCCGCGGGCCUCCUCUGAAGAGCAAAAGGAAAAAGAGCAUUGGAGCAGCAAAUGGAGCCAGGCCUUCCGGCGCCACCGCAGCUUUCUUUGCAAAGACGACGGAUCGGUGGCAGUGACACGCCAGUGGAAAGAAAAGUACGACUUUAGCCGAGACAGCAGGUUCUCGUGCGAUCCAAAGGACAGAACCGUCCUCCGGGCCUUGCACGGCCCGUGGGAUUCGUCUCUCGGCGAGUCCGGCCGAGACGCGCGGCUGGUCCUUCACAUGUGGAUCGGGUUCUUCUACAGCCGUUCCACCGCCAGAUUGAUUGACUUUGGCUCGGAGCGCAAUCACCACGCUUCUUCUUCUCAAGCGGAGAACACGACGAGCCAGGCGCAGUCUGGGCCGGCGGCGGCGGAUCGGUUUGCGCUUCCGUCGGCCGUGCCGGACGCGUCGCCGCUUUCCUCCACUUCCAGCACCUCGGCGCCCAAUGUCGCAGCAGGUGCCGAGGGGACCCCAUGCAUCCGCCGCGUCCCUUUGAGCGCAGCAGCCCAAAAUGACCUCAUUGGUUCUGAAACCACAAAACUCCCAACUACUGUGGGAUUCACGGAGGAAGGGCAAGGGGAGAAGGCGGAAGAACCGUUUCCCUCCGGGGACUUUUCUGGCCCCCGGAGUCCGACUGAAAGGACCGAAGCGGAGCUCGUCGAGCUUUUGUCCAGCUCUCCCGACGGCGCGGCGCGUCGGGCCCCGUGCAGAAGAUCGGUGCUUCAGGUCGGUGAGAUCGGGCCGCCCGAUGCGGCGGCGGCCGCUGCUCACCGAGAGGACAACCUCGCUCAAAGCCUCCUCAUCGGAGAUCCUUCGGAACGUGAAAGAGACGGGCCAGAUGGGGUCCGAGACGUCCGCCGUGCAGAUGCAGAGACGCUUGGGAAGCGGACGGAAAAAGACUUUCUCCUAGCUUCUCCAAGAAGGACCCUUGAAGAGUCGCCACGUAGGUUCGAGGCCAGUGAAAGCGCUCGGUCCGACGCGGCGCAAGGCCCGUCCGACGACCCGUCCGACGACCCGCCCCCCCCCGCCGCAUCCUCGCCGUUCAAAGCGGAUGAGGAUCGCUGGCACGUGAAAUCCGCCAGCUACAGAUUCUACAUCUUAGCCACGUCAGAAGAUUCCUUCUUUGCCGAAACAAAGGCGAGUUUAGAAGCAGCGGGUCACACGGCGGUCCGGCCGAGCCAGUUCUUCCUCGCCGGAGAGUCUUCGUCUCUCCUCAUCGUGGUCAGGAACGAAGACAUCUCCGCGCACCUCUCGCAGGUUCCCUAUUUACUGGAGCUGAAGAAGUCGCCGGGCGUGCUGUUCGCCGGCAUCGACGAACCGCACGAUCUGGUGAAUCGCACCCAUCAAGAGCUCUUUCUCAGCGGAGGCUUUGUGGUGUUUGAUGGGCCGGCCCUGGAAGCCCUCAGCCUGGACACGGCCAGAAGGUUCUCGGAAGUCCUGCGAGAGCUCAACCAAACGGAAAAGUGGAAGUGGUUGCUGCACUACAGAGACAGUCGGCGAUUGAAAGAGAACGCAAGGUUCAGUGCAGAAGCUGCGGAGAAGAAGCUCUUCUUAAGCUGCUCCCAAGAGACGGGACUAUGCGUGCUUUUGCCAUACCACGAAUGCGACGCCAAGUCCAGGGAUCGUCCCGACUACCUUGCUUGCCUGCUGCACUUGCAGCUCCAGAAUAUCGCCGCUCGCUUUCCUGUCUUUCUAACGGAUACAAGGCUCGGUGACGAAUUUGAGAAGAACGGAAUUCUGACGGCGAGCGUCGACUCCUUUCUGACGGCUUUUUCCACGUGACGCGUGUCCUGCCCGACCUCAAGUCUUUUGUGCGCUCGGCAACUCAAUGCAAACAAUAAACCUCAUGACUCAAAUGACUAAAACCGUACUACCUUUAGCCGAGCAAGUGUUGUACGAAUCCAAAAUGUUGCUGUUUGUCUUACGAAGCUGCUGAGUUGCGCCGUUCGUUGUCUAUGAUUUGAAUCGGAGAUUUAUAUUGAAUGGUUUGUUAAAGAUUUCAAAUAUUUUUGGACCGCUUAUGUGGAGGUCUGAUUUAAAGUGUAGGAAUCUAUAUAUGAUGUUUUGACUCCUUUCAAUCAACUCAUGAAAUAAACGAAUUGCAAAACUAGGA